CUCACAGAAAACUACCUUUUGAACAAAGGUUCCAGAGGACGACUUUUAGCGUUGCAUCGUCAACGUUGAGAUCGUCACAUCACCUGAGCAGGUUAUAAUAUGCACAUGUGGGAUCAUUGAUAAAGCUUCGUCCGAUGAGAUGUUCUGGUUCUCGUUGUGGAUGCCGUUCUUUACCGACAAGCGGCUGAAGGGGGACAAGAAAGCGGCGUCUCGACAGGGUAAGUACUUUGUAUCGCAUAGUUGGCAUAUCGAUACCCCAAGGAGCACUGUGUAGUUUGUUAUGCGCGAAGGGAUGUAGGAAGAAAUUUGUGAUAGAUGAGAAAAAGAAAAAACGAAAAACAAAAACCCAAUUAAACAGAAGUCGAUAUUGCCAACGAUGCGAUGGAGGGUCGUCCGACUCAAAUGCCGCGCUCUCCUGCUUCUUUUUCUUCUGCGCCGGGGUUGGGAUCACGAGGAUUUGUUGAUCGCUUUCUGCUUUUUGUCCUGUCUCCACUAGUACUUCUACAACUCGCGGCCGUGAUCAUGUGCUUCCCCAAUUAUAAUACGCCGGUGUCGGUCGUGUUGGCAACAAAUGAGGUGCCGCUGGUCGAUGUCGACGGUGAGGAAAGAACAGCACGAGCUGCUCCUAGCGAGCUCGAGGCAGUCCGGAUGCUGAAGGCAAAGAACGAUGAACAUAAGGAGCAGCCCACUGGCAAGACUCCAACAACGUCGGGCCGCCGCGAGGACGAAGGGGCGGUGGCCGGCGAGGGUGGAAGUCCACUGGACGAAGAGGAUCUUCAUGCGGAGGCCGGUCCUGCAGCGGAGCACGACCAGGAAUCUUUUCUAGUUCUAGCUGGACAGCAGCACCACAAUGACGGGGUCAGAGAGGUGGAGCAGGGGAUGGAUCAGGAAAUCAAAGGGGAGCAAGCAGACGCGCCGUUUCAACAUGAAGAUGCAGGUGCGCAAGCGCAACUACAAGUUGAAUCUCCUGAAGUAGCUGAAGAUGCCGAGAUGACAACUGACGGCACUAAAGCGAUGCAGGUGAAGAUGGAGGGCAUGGCGCGGGAGGUGGACGAGCUGAAGUGGCUAGUUCUCCAGCUGCAGGAGCGACAGCAGGAGCCGCCAGAGCGCACAACGAGGAGAUCUACUUCUUUGUCGCGAACGAGCUCGUUGGGCGAAAGCUACGUAGAGAAAUCCAACCAGAACGGCGCACCAGGUCGAAAUGAUGAAAACUCACCAGCAGAACGAGAACCCGCGACGACGGAGCUGCGGGUGAGCGGGACUAGUACGACCGAGAAGGCCGGAUCCAGAAACAAAAUGGUGGGCACCACCGCGCCACCAGGAGCUGAUGCGAAGAGGACGAGCGAAGGGAUCAAGACUCGCUACAACUUGGACGAAGAUGAGGGAGUAGAAGGUCAGGACUUUUAUGCAGCUUUGUCCGCACGGUCCGCCGAAUUGGCCCAAAACACCACGGAAGCACUGGGACGCGUCCGCGAGGCGGGGGCGGUCACCGACAUCAUUUUGCAGAAAAUGUUUGCCUUCUUGGUUGGCACGGUGCGAUCCGACUUCAUGUUUAGCAGCAUACUCGUCACUAUCAAAUGCAAAUAUGUCUGGGUCUGGAGACCUGUGAUGCUAAAAUGUGGAUGACGGAACUACUUCCGAACGCAGCCCAGCAUGACAACUUUCCAGAACGCUUUCUCAUACGCAAUCCGCAUGAGAAACUGCCUUUUUGCAUGACAAAAGUGGCUGCGACUUUUGUUGGUUCUGCAAUACAGAUUUUCCAGGAAUGUAAAGCUAGCAUUACAAGUUCCACUUUUCCAGACCCAGACAUUUUUACAUUUGAUAGUCACGAUCGCAUACAUCUCCGCCGUGGGUGCGACGCUGCUGCCCGUACAUUUGGUCCUGUGCCCGCGGCGCUUUCCGACCCGCCGGCACAGAGAGGAGCUCGUUGCCAGUGGGCGGGAGCACUUGAUCCGUGGCUUCCAUGACGAGCAGUUUUACGUGAUACCCGGGGAUUUUUGCAAGAACAUGACCCUGAGCGCCGUCUGCCAGUCGCAGACCUCGCCGGAGGGCAUUAUGUUCACCACGGGCUUGAUCCUCUUUGGCGUGUGCAUCAUCCUGAGUCGGCACACCUUUACGCUGCACUCGCCCUGGUGCUUCAUGAAGCCGAGUCUUUCGGAGAAUUUGGGUUUGACAUUUGCGGCGACCCAGUCGUACACCGAGAUUUGCUAUCAAAUGCAAAAGUUUCUGGGUCUGGAACGGUGCAAGGUUUGUCAUGCACAUUUUGCCUGACUUCUUAUGUCUGUGAUGCAUGCCCUAGCAUCACAGAUUCUGUGGGGGCUUUCUGAUGCUCCUACCGCAUGAUAUUUGCUCUCUUUGCGUAGCAACAACUGGACCUCUUCUACUGUUCACGCAAUACAGAUUUUAUGUAGAAUCCAAAGGCAGCAUCACAAGUUGCACCUUUCCAGACCCAGACAUAUUUGCACUGAAUAUUUGCCUCCGGGCUCUGCUGCUCCUCCUUCCCGCGACCGGCUUCGUUUUAACUGCAGCCCUGCCCUCCAUCGACGAUAUUACACACCACGAGAAAAUUAUGACCUCCGCAAGAAGCGAAAACGUCCAGAAGGUGAAGGCAGAGGACUCGUCUCCGAGUGACCAGGAGAAAAAAAAGUUGCAGCUGCGCGAGGAGCACCAGGAGGAGCCGAACGAAGACGACGACGAAGAAGAAGCGCGAGAAGCGAGGACGGGAUCGAACGUGGAGCUGUUUGAGGAGGUCCUCGCAAGGCACGUGCGGCCCUCGCGGAAAUACUUGCGAUGGGCCCAUUACAUGUGCGCCCCCGUUUCGAUGUUUUUCAUGCUUUUGUUCGAGACGGUGCAAAUUUUCCUCGGGGAAAACGUCCCAGUUUUCUACGCAUGGCGGCUCUUCGGGAAAGGUAGUAAUGUGAUAUCACACAGAAAAAAGCUAGCAAGGGAACAUAUUUGUGAAUCUAUAUGCAAGAAAAGUAAAUAGGCAAUGGCAAAAAGACCUCUCAUGAUGGGCACCAGGCCCAGAGCAUGGGUGGCGUUUAGGCUAUUCAGGACGGAACUUUCUAUGUAUUUGCUUUCGCAUUAAGCUGCUAGCUUUUUCUUGUGGGAUACACAACGCUGCACGACGUGAACGCCGAGGUGUCGGUUUACCCAGAAGGAGGUCCGCUCUAUAACUGGAAAACUCAUCAGCUCUAUCACACGAAAACUGGGCUGCCAUUGGAUAAUUGCCAGAAACGGGGCCUAGGUUACCGUCUCGGCGAAGAUAUCGACCGCAUGGUAGCCCUUCUAUGGAGGGUAAAUGAGUGACCUUCCCGACUGCUGCUAGUCUUAAGAAAAAUAAAGGCAGCGCCUGACGCGGGUUCGCCUAUAAAUGGCUCUUUGCGAAGAUGCGAAGAAAACCAAAACGCCCACGAAAAGUCACUCUAGACCGCAUGGAAAGGAGUGAGUUUAUUUGGUUCGCUUUUUGCAAUGGAAAGGAGAUUUCUGGUGUGCUUUUUUGCGCCCGCAUGUAUGAAAAGGAGACGACACACAGGGAAAUAGCAGGUCCGCAUGACAGGCUGCGAUUUUUCUUAGGGGUAGCAGCAUUUCCCAAGAUCACUGAUUUUCCCUCAAUACCUUCGCGCGCUGGCGGUGCUUCUGGGUUGGCUUUUGUGCAUUGCUUUUGUUGUGGUGCUAGGGUACGGGCGGCUCCUACGGCGGCCCGCGUGGCACAACUAUCGUGGGCGGCGAAAUUUGAACGACGCAGGAGGGGGUGCGGACGGCCCCCUUGGUCGUGGUGCGGAUGGCCCACUUGUGCCUGUGACACGGAGCCUGUUCCUGCCUCGUUUGUGCUUCGUUCUGGAGGUGCUCUGCAUCUACGUUAUCAUCUGAGUAAAAACGUUCCCACCCCAACAAGCUUCUCUGUGCUUUAAGUUUAAUUAUUUGGAUUUUAUUUCCAGUACAUGAAAGAAACACCCCAGACUUGUCAUGCAAAUUUCGAUACGCUGGAUUGCGGCUUCGGCUCCUUGACCUGUCGCGCUGGGAGCGGGUGUCCACUACAUGAUGAUGAUGAUGAUCGGCUUCCCAACAUGAGAGGCAUUUUCUAGUGGUGCUUGAGAGCCUCAAUCUGUCUUCGUGCGCUUCGGUAACACGGAUAAGAAAGAGGAUUUGUACCGCGUCUGGACUAGCUAGUACGCCCGACUACACUGCAAAGCCUAACUUGUCACGUGCGAGCCCCAAAAGCUCUAGACUUUUCUGCGCAAACUUUUCCCUCUUUACGUAGGGGCAAGGGCGUCGUUUCCACUCCGGAUAUACGUGGUUUUUUCUUUGCCGGUCCUGCAAGCACUGAGCAUAAACCAUAUGCGCUGCAGAUAUGUCAUCUGGGUCUGGAAUAUUGAUGCGUUUGCAACUUCCUUGUGAUGCUAAAUCUCAACAGCACAUAAAUGUGUGGCGUGGGAAUACGGAUAGUUGCUUCUUUUUUGCGAUGCAAGAGGAGAACUUCUCAUGCGGAAAAGUAGGUAUGCAUGAAGAAUAUUUCGCAACAAGACGAAGACCCGUAGUGCUUCUGCGCGCAAUCCACUUCCCAACUAGUACUUGUCAUGUCGCCCAAUGGGUGCCGGCACAGUUGUCUUCCUUACCCAGACAUACUUAGGUAUUUGCAUUUGAUAAACCACGAAUGGGGUAUGAGCUCGUCCUGGACCGAUUAUGCCCAGAAUGAUGAACAAGCGCACAUGUUGAGUGCACAACUCCCGAUCGGGGACGUCGUUUCUGGGUACUGGUAUCAAGAGCACGAUUUCUGGUUUGGUGAGGCGAGGAUAACAAGUUUAGAAGCUUCUAGCGACGAAAGCAAUAAAAACUUGCCCUGUGGAACUAUUUGGGACAUCGUGCCGGGGGACCAAGGCCACUGUCCACAAAAGCUUGGCACAUCCAAUUUUUCUUGGUGGUACCAGAACCUCGACCCGAACCAGAAUCCGAACAUUGGAGAGCCAGUGCUAGUAGCUCAACCGUAGUAGAAAAGAAUAUCAAAUGCAAAUACUUAGAAAUAGAAUUCCUGGCUCUGGAUGUGGAUUUGGAAAGAUGCAGAUCUUUGCCAUGCAGGUGAAGGUUUUCGUUUUGCAAGCCCCGCCCCCACGAUGUCUGAAAUGUGGGGCCUAGCAUCACAGAUCUAGCAGGGUCUAUGCGAUGCCUAUCCUGUAGGAGAAGUGCACUGUCAACAUGUACAUGGCUACAAGCACUACAGCAACAUGCCCUAAAAUGGGUACUUUUCCGAGUCUUGCAAGACAGAUUUUUGUGUGUUAACACGGACAACUACGAGCAUCACAAGUCAUUUUAAGCAUCACAACUUUGCAUCUUUCCAGACCACCCAGACAUGUUUGCAAUGUAUAGAGAAAUGAAAUCGGCUGCUUUGUGUCCACCUGUUCCUAGGCGGAGUGAGAAAAUCAUCUUUGACGGACAUAUUUUUUUGUAAGCAUGAAAAAAAAAUCUUUCCUUCACAGACUGCCAAGGUACUACAGUAGACAUUUCUACUCAACAACAUGGAUCGAUCAUGCUGCUGCCGCUGAUUUCUUUGUGCAUACAAAUCAGCUUUGCUCUGUCUUGCCAGAGGGGGCGGCAGCGUGCUUUCCGAGGCCUCUGUGGCAUUAUGUUUUAAGUUUUCGCUUCGUAUUAAACGCGUGUGCGAUCAUCUUCAUAAAUAUUGAUGCUUCUAACCGGCUAGACCGAAC